UAAGUUCUAUCUCACCACCCAUAAAACUAAAAUGAACACACUUUCUUCUUCUUCUACAUCAUCUUUCUCUUCUUCAAUGAUUCUUGAUAUAUUUAUCUAUGUUUGUUUGCUUGUAAUUAUCAUUUUACCCUCAUAUUUCUUGAAUAUCUUAUGGGUGAAGCCUCAAAGAUUAAGAAAGAAGCUUGAGAGGCAAGGAAUAAGAGGGCCAAAACCAUCUUUUCCAUAUGGGAAUGUGGGAGAGAUGCAGAAAAUCCAGUCUGCUGCAAUCUCCAUGAAAGCUUCAAGGUCCAUUAAUGGAGAUUUUGUUGGUGAUGACUAUACUCGUCUUCUUUUCCCAUACUUUGAACAAUGGAGGAAACAAUACGGUUCAAUAUUUACAUACUCAACGGGGAAUAAGCAACACUUGUAUGUAAAUGAUCCUGAACUGGUUAAGGAAAUGAACCAGUCCAUCACACUUGGACUGGGAAAACCUUCUUACAUCACCAAAAGACUCUCACCUUUGCUUGGCAAUGGAAUCUUGAGAUCAAAUGGCCAUUUUUGGGUCCAUCAGAGGAAAAUUAUUGCCCCUGAAUUCUUCAUGGAUAAAGUCAAGGGUAUGAUGGGGCUCAUGUUGGAAUCGGUUGAACCACUUUUGCGAAAAUGGGAAGCGUGCAUUGAAGCUCAGGGUGCACUUACAGCCGAGAUAAGAGUUGACGACGAUCUAAGGGCGGUUUCUGCCGAUGUGAUCUCAAGGGCAUGUUUUGGAAGCUCUUAUACUAAAGGCAAAGAGAUUUUCUCCAAGCUUAGAACCCUUCAAAAAACCAUCUCCUCUAAAGGCAUGCUCUUUGGCCUUCCUACUUUCGGACAAAGGAAGGAUGUGAAGAGUUUGGAGAAAGAGAUAGAUUCAUUGAUAUGGGAGGCUGUGUGUGAACGAAAAUGUCAAGAGACACCGUUGUUGAAAAAAGAUCUUCUGCAAAUGAUAUUGGAGGAAGCCAUGGAUCAUUUCGCUAGUAAAGAUGAAAGCAGACAUUUUAUUGUGGAUAACUGCAAGAAUAUUUACUUUGCAGGACAUGAAUCGACAAGCGUGGCUGCAUCAUGGUGCUUGAUGCUGUUAGCUUUGUAUCCGGAAUGGCAAACUCACAUUCGCAAUGAAAUGUCUCAAGCCUGUCCUAACGGUGCACUCGAUGUAGAUUCACUCCCUAAGUUGAAAUCGGUAACAAUGGUGAUUCAAGAAGCAAUGAGGUUGUUCCCACCAGCAGCAUUUGUGUCAAGGGAGGCACUAGAAAGGACACAAAUAGGGCACGUAGACGUGCCUAAAGGUGUCUGCAUAUGGAGCUUGAUCCCAACACUACACCGCGACCCUGAUAUAUGGGGACCCGAUGCCCAUAAAUUUCGACCCGAGAGGUUUGUUAAUGGUGUAAUAAAAGCAUGCAAAGCCCCACAAGCUUAUGUCCCCUUUGGAGUUGGUGCUCGCUCUUGUUUAGGCCGAAAUUUUGCUAUGGCUCAGCUAAAAGUCGUCAUCUCGCUCAUCACUUCAAAGUUCACAUUUUCAUUGUCUCCAAAUUAUCAACAUUCUCCGGCUUAUAGAAUGGUUGUACAACCCGGGCAUGGUGUCAACAUCCUCAUUCAAAAGUUUCAAUAGAGAAUUAGAGAUAGGAGAUUAUUGUAUGCAUUCGAAUAUAUAACAUGUUUUGUAGAAUCAAGUUGUUUUUGAUAUAAUAAUUACAUGCAUACAUAAAAAGUUUCUA